AUGUCGAUUAAUGUCACUGAGAUUGUAAGAUUCGUAGGCUGUGGUGACUUAGUCUUCACCAAAGUUGCAGUACCAAAAUUCUCAAGAAAGCUGAAAUUGAAUCUUUCCCAGUUUGAAGAAAAGCAACUGAACUUGGGUCCAUCUUUUCACAAUUAUUCGAUUAGGUCUCGAUUCCUUGACGCCAUUUUAGCCGUUCUGUUUCAUGAAGUAAAUAUUUCCGAAACGCGAGAGGGAUCCCUUGCUCUGGAUGUUUGGGAACUGCCGGCAAACUUUUGCUUAGAAGAUACACCAAGUUUGAUUUCCUAUUUCGACUUUCUGCCUCACGCAUACAGAUUCCUGCAGGAAGCAGUGAACCAUCUUCGUAUGAAUGAUGACACAGUGAAGGAGCUUGGCAAUGACAUUCUCAGCGUGCUAGUCGCGAAGAUCACCCAGCUUCGAGGUACCGGGAUACUGACCUCGGCAGAGGAGAACCGAGCCGUUGCUUUGGUGCGCUCAGUUCAGGAGAAGUGGCAGAACCGUACUCUCUCCUAG